GUGUCACUGUGCGUGUCUGUGUGUCUGCAGGGGAGAUUGGACAGUCCGUGCCCCCGGCUGUGUGCCUCUGAGCAAGUACACAGUAGCAGCCCCCACCCCCGACGGGGGCUUCCUCCCCAGCAAGAUUGCCGUAAAGUACCGUGUCCUCUGAGCAUGUGGUGAGGGCGAGUCAGGACACCCUGGCCGUCCUGCCCGGGCAGCGUUCUCAGGGUCCCAGGCAGGGCUGGGGCUGGGCGCAGGACAGGGGCUGCUGCUCAGGGUGCCUGGGCUCCUCCUGUCCAGACCCGAUGGCGGGUGCCAGAAGAUGGACAUGACCUUCACCAAGGGUGCCGUGGAGGGGCAGUUCAGCAACCCAGCCAUGGGCCAGACCGACAUCCGCGUGGCGUUCACGGACUACCAGCACUUCGCCCUGAUGUACCUGGAGACGCAGAAGGGCGGCAUGCGGAACGUCUGGCUGCAGCUCUACGCCCGAGCACCAGAGCUGUUUCCCGAAGGUGCCCAGAAGAUGCAGUUGCUGUCACCCCAAGUGGGCCUGAACCCCAGCCAGGGCGCCCUGCUGCCCAAGUCGGACCAGUGUGCUGGUGCCUUCUCCCAGUGAGGGAUUCGGUGGUGGCCGCUCUGCUCCGCACCGCUCCCCAAGGAGUGCCCGUUUCUCUGCACACCCCGCCCCAGCA